CGUUGGAGAUCCGCGUUCCGCCCCCAGGCGGGCCCGAGGCGCUGGGCCGGGCUAGGAACGAAAGGGCCGGGCGCGGGGUGCCACUGAGAAUAGGGCCCCUCCGAGGAGCGCUCCGGAGCGGCUGCCGGGCAGUGCCAUCCCGGGGGGCGGGAAGGGCUCUGGGGCCGGGCGGCGGCCAGGCCAGGCCUGGUCCCCACCGGGAGGGCGAUGAGCGGCCCCCUGGAGGAGAGGGAGCUGCAGGAGAGGCUGCGGGAAGCGGCCGCUCUGGGGGACCUGGAGGAGGUUCGGCGCCUGCUGCAGAGCGGGGCGGACGUCAACUCCCCCAAUGAGAUCAACGGCUGGACUUGUUUGCACUGGGCAUGCAAACGGAAUCAUGCUGAAGUGGUCUCUUGCCUGAUUGAUGCUGGUGCUGAUAAGGAGAUUCUCACAGCUAAAGGAGAACUGGCAGCCCAGUUAACGUCAAAGAAAGAAAUCAGGAAGAUUAUGGGAGUGGAGGAAAAUGAAUUUAAAGAAGUGGAAGACUUAAAUUUGCCAAUUGUUGCAAACUAUUUGGCCAAUCCACCCUUCCCUUAUGUUUACACUAAAGAAAGCAACAGCAUUCCAUCCAUCUCAACAGCAUUCCAGAAUGAAAGCACUUCCGUCUCUUUUGUUUCUCUGUGUGAAACCAGUUCUUGUUCAUCAGCAACUCAGGUUGAAAGCAUAUGCACACCCACGUCAUCACACAGCGAAGAUGAUUUUCCUGUGGUACACUCUAAGGAAGGCCAGCCCACCCCAUCAGCAGCCAUCAUGGUGCCAGAAUAUCCAAAACCUAGAGUCCAGAAUGGCUCCAUUUGUCAGCCAUCCAUGUCUCAUAAUAGAGGCCUCUUUUCUCCAGUAGCAUCUAAACAGCCUGUACCUCAGCAACACAAUGGCUCUCAUACUGGGGCUGCACCAACAUUUCAGCCACUUUUCUUCACCGGAACUUUUCCAUAUAAUAUGCAAGAAUUGGUGCUUAAGGUAAGAAUUCAGAACCUUAGGGAAAAUGACUUCAUUGAGAUUGAAUUAGACAGACAAGAACUGACCUAUCAGGAUCUACUCAGAGUCAGUUGCUGUGAAUUGGGUGUUAAUCAAGAACAAGUGGAGAAGAUUAGAAAGUUACCGAAUACAUUGGUCAGAAAGGACAAAGAUGUUGCAAGACUUCAGGAUUUUCAAGAACUGGAGCUGGUUCUAAUGAAAAGUGACAACUCUCCUUUUAGAAAUGCUGCAUCAACACUGACUGAGAGGUCUUGCUACAAUAGUAAAGCAUCAAAGCUGACUUACUGAACUUUCUAGAAUGUGAGAAUUAUAUGCUGCUGUCUUCUGAAGCAGUGGAUUAAUUGUGUGUGAAACCUUAAGUUAUUGUUAGGGUUAAUAUUUUAACUAAUAAUAGUAUAUCUUUGAUAUUUAUUAUCCCCUUUGCUUUUUUUUAACUUAAUAUUGUAUUCAGAUAAAGGGUACCUCAUUUGUCUAUUAAGCCGACAUGCUUCAGAUACAAGUUAAUGAAGUUUAUUGGUUAUAUUUGGCAUAAGAAGACAGCUGGUCAACUGUUGGCAUGAAAAGUAAAGACUUCUAGAAAAAUCAGGCACAGUUAGAUAUCUAUAUAUUUUUUGCAUAAAUUAUAAAUUUAGGCUUCUGGCGCUUGUGGCCCCCUGAAAAUGUAAAUACUGCCCUUAUUUCUCAGACUCCUCAAGGUGCAGUCUCUCUCUGCUGUCACCAGUACCUGGCUCACUGAGUCUCUUACAACUGCCCUAAGUAUGAAGUAGCAUGCCAUGCUGUCUUCUAGAGCACUGGUAUUUACUGCUCCAAACAGUCCAUAGAACACCCACUGUAACAACCACAAAGGGACAGCUUGCUAAAAUCAGGUUCCCAGAUGUCAAACUGCCAUUGAUGUUUAGUAAACACCUUCAUUUUUCUUCCCCAAACUAAUAGAUGACCCAACUGAACAAAAUGGGAUAACUUUUAAUAUUUUGUUCUUAAAACACUGAUUUUUUAAAAAGUUGAACAAGUGUAUUAGAUCAUCAAAACAAAUGAAAGUUACAUAUAUGGUUGUGCUUAAAAGGAAACAGCCCAUGUUUGACUGUAUAUUUACAUUAUUUUUGUGGGUGUCAAUUGCUUUUAAAAACCUAUAUACUUCUAAAAGAAUUCAUUCCCUAACACUUGUCCACCUGGCAAGCAUUAAUUACUCCCUAUGAUUCUAGUAGUGCUUUAAUGGGUUUUUUUUUAAAUAUCUUCUAGGAACUAGCCUCAUUGAUGCUAAUAGUUCAGGGAAUUUGGGUUAAAUUCAGCAUCCUGUGCACUAGGAGCACAAUACUAGAAAAUAUUUGUUGUUGAGAAGUGGAAGUAUCAACUCCAGAGGAGACAGUCUGCUCUUGCUUAGCCAAACCCAAUUAAGGGAACAUGUGAAUGGAAAUAGAGGCAUCAUCAGAAGCAAUUAACAUACACACUUGGAGCUGUUUUUAAAUUGAUUCUGUAUGACACAUUCUUCCCACAACUGUUGCAUUACGUUGCACGAGCUAGUGUCACUUAAAGUGUGUCCAAAGCUUCAGUCAAUUGAGUAAUCCAAAUAGUUUAAUGUUGCUGGAUACUUUAUAGCACUAUGUUAAAAACUUGAAUCUAAGCCUACUUGAGCUCUUAAUUUUUCAGAGCUUAUCCUGAGCAGUGUUAAUUUAAAACAUGGAUCACAUUUGCUAUCAAAUACCAUAUUUUCAAGUUGUUUUUUCUCCCAAGAAGCACUUUUGUUGCUGGAAGUACUAAUCUCCAGCAGUUCGCAAAACACUCGGCUACCCUCAGACUGAUGAAGGCUAGGCUGAUAUGCAGAAAAACUAGAAAUGGCAAUUCCAGAUUGAGUAGGCAAUCUGGCCUUUCUUAUGACUGAAACAAACACUUCCUACCCGUGUCUUUCAAUUAAAAAUGUAACCUAAUUUAUAAGCGAUCUAAUAUUGAAUCCAUCUCCAACUCUAUUUCUUUAUUAAGCUAUACUAGAGCAGCUGCCUUCAAAUAGCUUCUUCCUGCACUACUACCCCAAGAAGAUCUUGAUACAACAGUAGGGAUUUUUUUUAAUGUGGAUUGCAGUGUGUAAUAUUGGAAAUGAUUUAGUGUCAUACAUUGCAUAGGGGAUAGCUUCCCCUUGCAGUAGUUGCUGCUCUUUUUGACCAACAUGUUUUCACAUGCUGUACAACUGAUGGCACACAUUGGUUUAUAUUAAGUAGACAUUUCUGAAUUUGACUAGACAAUAAUAGAACGUGGCAAAUUGUUCUGCAACAUGACAGAUAAAAUCCAAAAUAUAAAGAUGAGAAAGUUACUAACACUUUCCUUUUGAUCACUGAGAUGUUUAAUUAGUUCAAAAUUGAUUACUGCGUUCUAGGUCCUUUCCCUAUUCCAACUAACACUCCACCAAUGAAAGCCUCCAGCGAUAUGCAUCUGUGGUCUAAUCCUUCUGCCAUCUAAUCCAAUCAGCUAGUACUCUCCCCUGUUCUGUCCAUACAGUGGCUGGACAAGCACUGAAGGCCCCUACUGACAUCAGUACUUAGUCAAACCUGAUUCUCCCUGUGGUGGGGAUUUGACCUACACACUUGCCACUGUAGUGCAAGGGUUAUUUCAAAGUGAAUGCUAAACUGUUUGGAAAAAACAGUAGCUAUGUAGCUCAAAAUUAAGAGUAUUCACAGCUAGCUUUGCAGAGCCUAGGGUUUAAUGCAUGUAGGACAUUGUCACUUUUACAUAAACAAUGUAACAGAGUUGUCCAGGAACUAAUGGAAGCGAUUAAUAAGCUUUAUUUCCUCUAAUUCACAACUACUAACUGUUAACUUGAUAUGCAACACAACUUUUGCUAAAGAACUAAUGACUAAAAAUAUAGUGCUAGUAACUGAGCAAAUCUAUGCAUUCAGAGAAAUAUUUUUGUAUGUUUUAUGAAGUUUGAUAACAUUUAAAGCACACUAACUAUGGUAAUGGUGAAUUUAUUUGUGUUCAUAUAAUAAUAAAGAUGUCAGUGGGAAAAGGGUUUCAACUUCUUCCAGGGACUUUUUUUGGCCUUACCAACUUGUCUGGAAAUGACAGGGCUACGUUUAAAGCUUGCAGAUUUCUUUUAAAUUUUGUUUUUAGUCCUAAACUUCAGUUCCUAAAGGCAGCACCUCCAAAGUCAAUUAAUAAUGAGUAUUUACCAUCAAGCAUGUGAGGUCAGGUGUGAGAGCAGCUGAGGAAAGAGGCUUGCGGCUGUUUCUAAAUCUAUGCAGCUUGUCUUUAGUAUACGGUAUUAGCUAGUCAAACAGCCAGCAGCUGAGCUUCCUAGAAGGGCGGAUUUGUGCCCAAUUCAGCUAAGGGGGUGUAAAAAUGCAGAUUGCUAAACAAGUGACAUUUGCCUUUGUAAAAGAACACACAACGCUAAUGUAGAAAGAGGGUCAGGAAUGGUAAAUAAGUUGCAAAAAAAAUGGCCAGCUAAGGCUUCAAAAAUAGGAUUAAAAAGGCUUUAAGUAGCUUAACUCAGCCUCCAGGCCCUAAGAAUAGCCAUGCUGGGUCAGACUCAUGGUUCCAGUAGUCUAGUGGCCAAUGCCAGAUGCAUCGAAGAGACUGACCAGAACAGGCACUCAUUGUGUGAUCUAGCUUCUGGCAAUCAGAGGCUAAGAACAGCGAGAGCAUGGGUGUUGCCUCCUUGACCAUCUUAGUUCAUAGCCAUUGAUGGAUCUAUCUGCCAUGAACUUAUCUAGUUCUUCUUGGCCUUCACACCAUGUUCUGCUGUGCAAAGAUGUACUUCCUUUUAAACCUGCUAUUAAUUUCAUUGGGUGACACAUCCCCCAUGCUGGGUCUUGUGUUAAGUGAAGGGGUAAAUAACACUUUCUCCACACUGGUCAUGAUUAUAUAGACCUUUGUUCCAGUCUUUUAAUCUCUCCUCAUAUGGAAGCUGAGCUCAUACCUUAAUCAUUUUUGGUUCCAGCCUCUCUUUUCUAAAUUCCACAUAUCUUUGAGAUGGAGCAACCAAAACUGCAUGCAGGAUUCAGGGUGUGGACAUACCAUUGACUUCUAUAGUGGCAUCCUGCUAUUGUCUUAUUUAUUCUUUUCCUAAUGGUUCCUAAGAUUUAGCUUUUUUGACUGCUGCUGCACUUUGAGCAGAUGUUUUCAGAGAACUAGCCACAAUGACUCCACACUCUUUUUAAGUGGUAAGAGCUAAAUUAUAAUCCCAUCUAUACAUACAAAAUGAUGGGAUCGGUUUUCCAAUGUACAUUACUUAACAUGGAAUUUCACCAGCCAUGUUGUUGCAUAAUCACUGAGUUUUGAGAGCUCUUUGUAAUUUUUCAGGCUGCUUUGAUCUUGAGUAAUUUUGUAUCUACAAAUUCUGUCACCUCACUGUUUUCCAGCUCAUUUGAGUAUAUUGAAUACCCCAGAUCCCAGUAGUCAGGGGUGGGUAUGUCACUACUCUCCAUUAUGAAAACUGACCAUUUAUUCCUAAAUUUGGUUGCUGUCUUUUACUGAUCCACGAGCACACCCCUCUUAUCCCAUGAUUGCUUACUUAGCUUAAGAGCUUUUGGUGAGAGACCUUCUCACAGGCUUUCUGCAUGUCCAACUACACUGCAUCCACUAGAUCAGUGGUUCUCAACCAAGGGUCUGUGUACCCCAGAGGUACACAGAGGUUUUCUAGGGGGGUACAUCAACUCAUCUAGAUACUUGCCUAGUUUUACAACAGGCUACAUAAAAAGCACUAGCUAAGUCAGUACAAACUAAAAUUUCAUACAGACAAAAUCAACAAUUUUUCAGUAAUAGUGUGCUGUGACACACAAGUAUUUUUAUGUCUGAUUCUGUAAGCAAAUAGUUUUUAAAUGAGGUGAAACUUGGGAGUACAUAAGACAAUCUGACUCAUGAAAGAGGUACAGUAGUCUGGGAAGGUUGAGAACCACAGUGCUAGAUCACCCACAUCCAUGUUUAUUACAUUCUUUGAGGUGAUUAACAGAUUGCUGAGUCAUGAUUUCUCUUUACAAAUACCACACUGACUUGUGCCAACAAAUCAUGUUCAUCUAUGUGUCUGAUAAUUUCAGUACCAGGCAAAUAGACCUCUGCAGAGGUUAAAGGCCACUUCUUCACAGCAACCCUUAAGAGCUUUUAAGUUAAGGUUUAUACAAUUCCUACAAUUGAACUGGAAAAAUGCCCAGCUUCUGCCUUGUUCUUUAGAGAACUGGACCUGUAGCAGUUGGACUACCUGUUUGGAAGUUUAUCAGAAUCUGAAAGAUGUUACUGAAAAAACAUGUUUUUAUUGUGCAUUUUUCUUAUCAAUUUUUCCUUAGUAUAGAUCACAAUGACUUAGAAAAGCUACAUCCCCUUUAAUGGCAACCUCAAACUUAGAAAUCAGGCAUUCAGCAAACUUUACAUAAUUUCAGUGACAUCCUCCAGAACACUGAGUUUGCAUCGUGCAAUUGAAUUCACCUUUUAUAAGAAUAUAGUUCUCAAUGAGUUUCUUGUUCUACUCAGGAUAAUGGCCUAACUGAUGUGUUUUAACUUGUACUUUAGCAGGUUAAGCUGGUUAACCUGCCUUUUCUUGACUAGUAUUUUAGAAAAUAUUAGAUCGGGGUGGCCAACUUUACAGAUUGGAGCAUAAUCUCUACAGUUUCAACUACAGUGACCAAUACCUACAGAUCACAUAUCAAUGACAUUUUCAACUUGAACAAAAUCUCCAAUUUCUAAGGACAGAGAAAGUCCCUUUGACAAUGCUAAGAUAGAUAAUUAAAGUUUAAAUGUCUCUAAUUAUCACUUCUGUGUGUGCAACUGCUUAUAGCACUCAAAUGUGUGAGAUUCUUUCCUGCCUUUUGAAACAAUGUUUACUAUAGAAGACUUAUCUGUAUGCACAAGGGCAAAUAUCAAUAUGAAGAGACACUGCUUUAGUAAGAUUUGAGCCACAGAAUCAAAAUGCAGUGUACACAUCACAUGCAACCAGAAUUCCAUUUUUUACCAUUUCACCAAAAAAAAAAAAAAAUCAUUUUUGUGACUUCUCCAUUUUCAAGAUGAGAUGGAACAUGCUUUAAAAGGUAUGAAGUCAGCUGAAACUGCUGAAAGGAAAAGGCAUCGUAUUAACUUCUCUCAAGCCACAGGUUUUAAUAAAAACAUUUAUCAUUCCUUCAUAAAUCGGUGUUCAAGUCCAGGAUGCAUACAACCAACAUGAAGGAAAAGUCUGAUAUGGCCACAGCCACCAUAUUACCUUCUUGUCACUUCAUUUUGAAGAGUGUAAUGCAGCAAAAUGUUUCCUUUAAACACAUUUCUUUCAAAAAGCACCCUCAUUAUUUAAUCCGUUAAGCUACCCUUUAAUACAAUAAAAGUAUCACAAAAAAGCUGAGGACGAGGGGAAUGAAAUGAACACGUUUACAAUUGCUUUAAUAUACAAAUUACAUGCAGUUGCUAAUUAUAACCACUCUCUAAUGACGUAUUUUUAACUGCUAGUAGGAUGCAAGUCUGAAGUCAGUAUGGUGCCUUAUACUAGAACAAACAUCUGCACCAACAUCUCUAUUUGACACUGCUCUAAAAUUUAAAGAAAUUCUAGGAUUUAACUUGACCAAAACAGGAUGAGAGAAAGACAGGUCCCAGCCUGAGUUCCUCAUUGAUCCUAUUCCAUAUCACCCAGUUUUGGUAAAAUAAAACCUAGAUUUGUGUUCUAAUCUCCAUUUUUUUUUUUUUAUUAUGAAGGGCUGGCAUUAAGACUUGGUGCAUUAAGAGGAAAAUUCAAAGACUUUCCAAAAAUAUUGGAUAUGAACCUUAUUAGAGGGAGAAUUGCAGCAGUAUCUUUGUUCUGUGAUUCUGUGUUUGACUGCUAAGAAAAAUACACUGCAGCAAAAAUCACGCCACUUGUGAUGAUAAUGUGCAUCUGUUCAAUAAAGGACCAGGAGUUUGAUGAAGGUGAUCAGCUCAAUUUUAAAACAUGAGACUAAUUGGAGGAAUCAAAAGCAAACACCAACUGAAUAAACUAAACAAAAUCCAUAGAAGCCAAAUUAAUGGACUAAGCUUGAAGACAUGAAUAGAUUUAUUACGAAAAAAGUGUAUUUAAUACUAAAUGUUUAAUGACAGACAAUCAAAUUUGCAACAGAAAUUCAAAGAUACUUUAUUUCCAUUUCUGGUAUAUCAAGCAGCUAGAUAUAUCCUAGUUGUAAAAAUGGGAUUCAAUUUAGUUUAAUUCACACAAAUACUAAACAUUUAUUCUUGUGUUUCGAAGUCCAAGAAUGAAAUCUUGCAAAUAAACACUGAGCAAGCCAUGGGUUCAUGUUAUGUUUGUUUCUUAUCUUAAAAAGUC